AUGCCAACAAACAUGCUCGAUCUCAGGUCACACAGGAAAAGUCCCUACCAGAACAGCCUUGUGUCACAUCGUUCAAGGGCCGCUUCAAGAGUAUCACCCUCCCUGCCUCACAUCCGCAGCCAAGGGGAAGUCGUCCCCUUGCCCAUGCCCAUCCCAGCAACGAGUCUCGCAGCACCAGCACCAGCAGGAGCAUCAACGAUGAAAGGAAGAUUCCAUUCUGGACAGACGGCGCUCUCACUCCGCACACCCGAACGACGCCGCCUGCGGCUCUUCAGGACUACCCAGAAGCAGAAUCACCAUUACCAGCAACAACAGCAGGAGCAGGAGCGGGAGGAUGAUGAGCGGUACAUCGUGGAUGCAGAGGUGGAAGCAGAAGAGCGAGAAAUGGUGUCGUCUUCUAGCAUGGAUGUGGAUGUGGAGGAAGUGGAGAUGGAGAAGGAGAAGGGACCGGCGAUUCUCCGUCUCUGCCCUGAGGUGUUGGCCUUGAUUUUCCACUAUGUCUAUGUUACACCAGUGGUUCAUCGUCCUCUUCCUUCCUCUGCUGCUUCUGUGGUUGCUGCGUCCGAUAAUGAAAUGCAACCACCACCAUCCUCCCCGCAGGCACACACCCAUCAACAACAACAAAAUCAACUAGAGGAACAAGAAGGUCAGAGUCAACAGGAAUCGUCCAUGGCGACCCUGUGCCUGACCUGCCGGGCGUUUUACCCCCAGGCCAUCCGUAUGCUGUGGCAACAAAGGACCCUGACCAACUUUGACGAGCUCACGCAGUUUUAUCAGGCGAUUGAUUUCUCUGCUACCCUCACCAAACGACACCAAAAGCAGCGACUCCUCCAACAGCAACAACAGAUUCAGCACUUGCAACAGCUCGGCAUGGGCAUCGAGGGCUAUGCAAUGGAAGAAGGGCUGUUCACCAACAAGGCUGCGCUUCGGAUAAAAUCGCUUACGCUGCUUGAUAUGUCGCUUGGAUCGUCUUUGGCUUCUUUGCCCUUGGCUGCAGUCGUUGCCUCUGCCAAUGCUGCGUCGUCGACCUCUGUCGAGUCGGGUGCGCUGUCGAACACGUUCUUUGGAAGCAGUAGUAACCAUGCUGGAGGCGACCCUGCUAGUCUGGACCUCUGCCAAGGGAUCGACUCUUUGGCCCCCAGGAGUAGUAGUGCUCUUGACGACAGCUUGGCGAUGGCGGGAUUGUCCAAAGAAGAUCCCACCAUGGCCCUUGCCUCUUCUUCCUCUUCCUCCUCUUCCUCCUCUUCCUCGUCUUCGUCGUCGUCUUCGUCGUCGUCUUCGUCCAGUUCUUCUUCGUCGUCUUCAGCAUCCUCUUCGUUGUCGCCCUCGCAGUCAGUUGUGGUCCACUCGUCCUCUCAGAGCAGGAGACGACACCGCCAGAAGACAACAUCUAUCUAUAGCGACAUGGUCUCUCCCCGGCUUCUCCACACAAUUGCUCACCAUUGCCAUGCCCUCGUUGACCUUACACUCUGCAUGGACAAGAAAUCAUCGUCGUCCUCCUUGUCUUCCAGAACAACACUUCCUGCGAUCCACCAGCCGACCAUCCCCCUCUCGAUCCUCGCAGGGUCACUCCUCUCCCUCAAGCGUCUGGCCCUGAUGGGUCUGGUCUGUGACCCCAACAAGAACAAGACUGGAUCGGAGCUUUUGGCCUUUGCUGAACACAUCCAACCCCUCGAACGUCUCUCGAUCCGAUCCUGUCAGGGGAUUGGCCUUGAGACCUUUGUUGCCUUGGCCAGUCGGUCGAGUGGUCGGUUGUUGUCGGUGGAUUUCCAAGGGUUGGACUUCAAGACAAACCAGGAGUUGACGGAUGUGAUGGCAGCGUUUGCAAGGCAUUGCAGGAGCAUAAAGUCGGUGACACUGUCAUGCCUGAACUCGUUGGCGAUGGAUGGGGUGUUAGAGGCGUGGGCACAUUAUCAGCCCUGUGAGUUGCAAGAGCUGCAUGUCCUUGGUCACGAUACUUUCCUCACCCCCGCUCAACUCCAACAGCAGCAGCAGCAGCAGCAACAACAGCAACAAGGUCUUGGUGGGGCCGGUGUUCCAGCCCCUAAUGCUGCUGCAGUCCUUCCUCCUCAGCAGCAGCAAGCAGACAACAUCCUCCCUGAUGGUGGAGUUCCGGUGCCGUUCACACAAAUGUGCCACCUUGUCGACGCCAAUGCCGCUCUCUCAAGUCUGUCCCAGAUUCCCCUCCGUCGUUUGACACUGUACUGCCGCGGCAUCACCGACUACGCCCUCCUCCUCUACCUCGCCCAGUCCAAACACCUUGUCGACCUCGUCCUCCAAGAACCCACCAGCAUCGUCAUUCACCACCCCCAGUUCCACAACUUUGUCCAACAGUACCACCCCUUCGGCCCUCCUCCUCCCUCUACUCCUGCGGCUGAGGAUGAUACUCCCUUUGACCAACCAGCACUGGUGGCAUCGACGGGGAGCAGCGCCUUCUUGGGACUGAUCAAGGCACGGUGCACUGGCUUGAAGUACCUGUUUAUGAAGCUGACGCUGGAGACUGCCCAAGAGUGGAUUGCACAAGAAUGCUUCCGUCAAGCUGGGCUGGACAAGUGUCUGUUCCAGUACCGGACUGCGACGGGUGCUCCUGCUGUUGUCCUCAUGUGGGACUCUCGCACUCAAAUUCCACCAACUCCUGGACUCAAUGGAGGCAUGGAGACAAACACGACUCCGGAGCACAAACAAGUCUUCCUAAAUGAGCUACACGAGACUCUCAAACGACUCGAUCCUCGCCGUGUCCACAGUGCUGGUUACUAUCGGAUCCUUGGCCGAGUGGUGGAGUAUGAUAUGGAUGGACAGACCGUGAAGAUAGAGUCAUGUUUCCAUGACGAGUUCAUGUCUCAACCCAUCAUCGUCCCCCCUGGCCCCAGGACGACUGCCACACAGCGCAAUAAGAAAGACCUCCAUCAUUGGUUGUCCACCCCUGAACCACAACAAAAACCAGGAGUAAGGUCUCACGGAAACGGGAAGAGCAACAACAACAACAACAACAACAACAAGAGUACGACGAUUGAUUUGGUCACAGACAGCGAGGGUGAGGAGGAAACUGUCGAGCCUGCAACCAGUGCCACCCACCAGCAGCUACAAGCGGGAGUGUCAGCCAAGAAACGCGUUGAACUGAUUGUUUUGUCCGAUGAUGAAGAGGAUCCUGCUCCAUUACAUGCUGAUGGUAAAGAGGACGAGUGCAACGGCCAGGAAGGACCUGAUGCAACAUUGGAUCCAACCAAACCGAGACGGGCGCCAAAGGUUAUCCUGUGGGUCGAUACACAACUUUUGAACGCACAAGCGUUUGAAAAGCACGCGCUGUACCAGUUCAUGGGCGAGGUCGUUUACUCCGCUUCCAUCAACACCGCUUCCACCUCCAGCAGUGUGGAAGCAGAUAGGAACAGUGGCAGGAAAGAAGGUGGAGGAGGAGGACAUUGGGUUCUGGAGGCGAGGAGUGCGAGAUUGAUGGAGGGAUUGGAUCUGUGGAGUUAUCGGCAGGCGAUUCUGUUGACCCGGGAUCUUAUUGUUCAGUAUGAGCAGCAGGCGCGGGAGCAGGAGAGGGAGAGGGAGGAGAGGGAUAGGGCAGAGUGGGAAAAGGAAGUGGAGAUGAUGACCAUGGAGUGA